GCGUUGUUUGGACACAGCUGACCGCUUGAAGAAACAAACCAGGCUAGGCUAGCAGGACAGAUAGUUAGCAGCAGUGCGGAGAGCAGGAGCGCGGUCGGGCUAAGCUCAGGGGGUGACAGCGGAGACAGGACAGGAGCGCCUCUUUCCCUUUCAGCAAUGCGGACGCCGAGUGGCUCCUCCAGCUAACGUCAACGGAGUCCCGACAGGCAGGGACUGCUUUGAGGCGACGGGAGAUAAAAGGCGACAUCAAAAAAGGGGAAGGGUUAGCUCAGUUUCAAUGUUAUUGUCUAUUCAGAGCCACAUAUGGUCACAAUGUCCUGCACUGGCAACCUGGUUUGGGAUGUAAAUAAACGCUUAAUUGGAUACAGCGAGCCUAACGCCAUCAGGACCAACUAUUUAGGUAGAAGAGAAUUUGUCCAGAGGCUUAAACUCGAAGCAACACUGAAUGUACAUGAUGGCUGCGUCAACACUAUAUCGUGGAACGACACAGGUGAAUACAUUCUGUCGGGGUCAGAUGAUACCUUCCUGGUUAUCACCAACCCGUACAACAAAAAGGUCAAGAAGUCCAUACGUUCAGGUCAUCGUGCAAAUAUCUUCAGUGCAAAGUUCAUGCCCCACACCAACGAUCAGGAAAUCGUCUCCUGCUCUGGAGACGGCAUCAUCUACUACACCCACACUGAGAAGAGUCCCGAGUACAACAGACAGUGUCAGUUCACCUGCCAUUAUGGAACCGCUUAUGAGAUUAUGACGGUACCGAACGACCCCUACACGUUCCUGUCAUGCGGGGAGGACGGCACGGUGCGAUGGUUUGACCUUCGCACGAAAACGAGCUGCACUAAAGAAGACUGCAAAGAUGACAUCCUGAUAAACUGCAGAAGAGCAGCAACCUCCAUAUCAAUUUCUCCGCUGGUGCCGUACUACUUGGCCGUGGGCUGCUCCGACAGCUCAGUGCGAAUCUACGACAGACGCAUGCUGGGCACAAGAGCGACGGGUAAUUACAUGGGCCGGGGAACCACAGGCAUGUGCGUUCGGUUUGUUCCCGCUCACCUGUCCAACAAAUCGUGCAGAGUGACUUCCCUCUGCUACAGCGAGGACGGUCAGGAGGUGCUGGUCAGCUACUCCUCCGAUUACAUUUACCUGUUUGAUCCCAAAGACGACCAGGCUCGAGAGCUCAAGGGCCCAUCGGAGGAGAGGAGGGAGGAGCUGAGGCAGCCUCCAGUGAAGCGCCUCCGUCUGCGAGGUGACUGGUCUGACACUGGACCCCGAGCUCGCCCUGAGAGCGAGAGGGAGCGAGAUGGGGAGCAGAGUCCGAACGUGUCUCUGAUGCAGAGGAUGUCAGACAUGCUGUCUCGGUGGUUUGAGGAGGCCAGUGAAGCUCAGAGCAGCAGAGGAACCCGACCUCAAACACGACCCAGAGGUACAGCUCUUCGUCCAGAGGGGGUGUUGAAUUCUCCAGCUGCUGCAGCAGGGGACUCCAGUCAGGAGUCCAGCGCCCCUGAGAGGCCUGUGGGGACGGACUCCCCAGAGGUACCUGCCAGUCCCGCAGCAGCCACCGCUGCGCCCAUGCCUAAAUCCACUUCCUCUUCCUCCUCAGGGUCAUCAUCAACAGUCACAGCACCUCCUCCUUCCAGCUCAUCAUCAGUGGAGAGCUCGGCCCCUUCCUCCUCCCCCCUCACGUCUUCCCCCGACUCUGAGCAGAGGAGUCAAGGCGACACAACCGGGACCCCGACGCCAACAGCCACGCCCACCUCUGAGCCCGCGCUCUCAGAGUAUGGUCCUCAUCGGCUGCCCAUAAGUUUAGUGUGUAGGCGUUUGCAGAGGUUGCUUCGGCUGGCCGACCCACCUGGACGGGGUCGGCGAGCGGCCCCUUCUUCAUCCUCUGCAGCUCCUGAGAGACAGUCACAAAGAGCUGCUACCUCUGCUGCUGCCGCUGCUGCUGAGACCCAACCCCAUACAGAUUCCCCCUCGUCUGUGGUAAACAAACAGCUGGGAUCCAUGACUCUUGAUGAACAGCAGGUAGCAGCAGAAGCUUCAGCUUCACCUGCUGAUGAAUCUGUUGUUGCACCAGCCAGCAGCAGCCCGUCCGUCUCCACCUCCACCAGUCGACCCGGUGCAGCAGAGCCCGUCCUAAGCCUGCACUACAGCUCAGAGGGAACCACCACCAGCACUAUCAAGCUAGACUUCACUGAUGAGUGGAGCAGCAGCACAUCCAGUUCGAUGGGCAGUGGAGGCCCCAAAACAUCAGAAGCUGCGGUGUUACAGAGCAGAGAGAGUCUGUCGACGGAGAGCUCGGUAUCAGAGCAGGAGCCACCAUGUGAUGCCUCCUGCUCCAGUGCCCCCAGCAGCUCAGCAGCUCAGGCCCCAGCAGAGGGCUCCUCUGAGGGAGACAGCAUGACGUCUUCGCCGCAGGAGAGAAGUCAGCCAGAAGGUACAGAGGACACAACAGGGGGCUGUCGGCGAGCAGAGCCCACUGCAGAGGAGGGGCGGGAGGGCCAGAGUCAACCCGCACGAGGCAGCCAGGACUCUGAUGACAGCGAUGAUGAUCCUAUUCUCAUCCCCCCCACAAGGUUCAGAGGACAGGGGCAGAGAUUUAAUUCCAGAGGAUCUGCUGUAGGAGAUAGGAUGAUCAGACAAUCAGCAGCAGCUCGUAUUCAGGAGCUGUUCCGCAGGAGAAAAGAAAGGAGGGAGAUGGAGGAGAGUGAGACUCAGAAUAUAAGGAGACCUUCAGUCAAAAUGGUCUACAAAGGCCACCGCAACUCCAGGACAAUGAUAAAGGAGUCGUGUUUCUGGGGCAACAACUUUGUGAUGAGUGGCUCAGACUGCGGGCACAUCUUCAUCUGGGACAGACACACUGCAGAGCACCUCAUGCUACUUGAAGCCGACAACCACGUGGUCAACUGCCUGCAGCCGCACCCUUACGACCCCAUUCUGGCUUCUUCAGGGAUAGACUAUGAUAUCAAGAUUUGGUCACCACUGGAAGAAUCGCCAUCUUUCAACAGAGUCCUUGCUGAGGAGGUCAUAACUCGGAACGAGCUGAUGUUGGAGGAAACGAGAAACACGAUCACAGUCCCGGCCUCUUUCAUGCUCCGAAUGUUGGCCUCCCUCAAUCACAUCAGAUCGGAUCGGCUAGAAGGCGAUCGCUCCGAAGGCUCAGGCCAGGAAAACGAAGACGAGCAGUAGCCAGCUUAAAUUUUAUUUUAAAAUAAACACUAUUUCUUCUUGCUGUAUAGCACUUGAAAAAUACCUGAGAUUUGUACAAGUAUAGUGUAGAAAACUUCCUUUUGAAUAUUAGUGUAAUUUCUAGCCCCUUGAGUUUUUUAAGAUGACUUUCUUACAAUGUCUGUAUAAGGAUAAACUACAUUUGUGUGAAUGUAAAGGCAAGGACGUCAGUAUAUAUAUAUAUAUA